CCAAGUAGGUACUACUUUCACAGUUUCCUAGCCAUCUCCUCUCGCCUUAUUCCUCCGUGAACAUAGACGACGACAACACAUCCUGAAACCUUACCAUUUUUCAAUCAACUUUAAUUUGUUUAUUCAGCUGGUAAGGUUGCAACACAAGGUUUUAAUUUGGAUGAAUUGAAAUGAUUGUGUAAAUGAAUGUUCUGGGGUAGCAUCUUAUUUGUGUCAGCUUAAGGAAGUAUGCAAUGAAAAGUUUGUUUUGCAUGCAUCAAUGUUUCGUAUCAUCUUGGAAAGUAUGUUUGUGCACAUCGAAUGUCUGAGGGGACGUCUUCUCAGCUAAGUUAUGAAUUUUUAGUCUGGUUUGGAAAAUAUGCCUUCUAUACAGACUGCAUUGCCUCCUGAACUCGUCAAUAAUGCCCGAAGACUUUAUCGGGAGUGUCUAAGAAGAGCUAAAUAUGUUGGUCAUAGACAAAAUAAUACUCCGCUCCUGGUGGAUAUGAUAAGGCAGCAAUUCAAGAAAAACAUGCUCGAGACAAAUCCAGAAAAGAUUCAGACCAUGAUGGAUGCUGCCGCAAGAGGACUGAUUAAUCAUAUGCUCCUAGAGUCCGAACAGAUAACUGGGCGCAAGUUAAGCAGCAAAACUUGACUACAUAUUGUUGCAGUUCUCAUGUCAUGUUUCUGUUUUUCCAAAUCAACAAAUUUCAUUUAUUCUACUCUUACCAGACUGAAUAAAUUUCUGGUUUUUGUGUUUACUGGACUAUAGAGUUAAUCUCUUUUUUGGGUCUUCCUGAGUUGUCUGACCAUUUUCAGUAUCACCUGGCAUGUAAAAUCCAACAUUGCUGAUUUGCGGAUUCAGCAAGUUGGUUAUAUUUAUGCUUGACCAUGAACUUGAGCAAAAAUUUAUUUCA